GUCAGUGGCUGGAGCACUGCGCACCGCCAGCCACGAGGGGUGUGGGAUGGGGGAGGCAGAGGAGGAGGGCACCCUCAAGGAUCCGAGCUAACCGCGCACUUCAAACGACUGCGGGGCUGCGUUUUCCUCCUGUGCCCCGGGAACUUCAAAGCAGCGGGCCGCCUAGCUCCGCUCUAGGGCCUCGCUGCCCCGCUGUGGUGCCCGGUGGCCAUGACCCCAGUGCUCAGCGCUGCCCUCCACCAGACUCUCCUGCUACUCGCUGUGGCCGCUGCGCUGUCCGCAGGACUAAAGUGUGUAUGUCUUUUGUGUGACUCUUCAAACUUCACCUGCCACACUGAAGGAGCAUGUUGGGCUUCAGUUAUGCUAACCAAUGGAAAAGAACAGGUGAUCAAGUCCUGUGUGUCUCUCCCAGAGUUAAAUGCUCAAGUCUUCUGUCACAGUUCCAACAACGUUACCAAAACUGAAUGCUGCUUCACGGAUUUCUGCAACAACAUAACACUGCACCUUCCAACAGCAUCACCAAAUGCCCCAAAACUCGGACCCAUGGAGAUGACCGUUGUCAUUACUGUGCCAGUUUGCCUCCUGUCUGUAGCUGCAGUACUGACCAUUUGGGCAUGCCAAGGCCGACAGUGCACACGCCGGAAGAAAAAGAGACAGAAUGUGGAGGAGGCCCUUUCUGAAUGCAAUCUGGUAAAUGCUGGGAAAACUCUGAAAGAUCUGAUUUAUGACGUGACCGCCUCUGGAUCCGGAUCUGGUUUACCUCUGUUGGUUCAAAGAACAAUUGCCAGGACGAUUGUGCUUCAGGAAAUAGUAGGAAAAGGUAGAUUUGGUGAGGUCUGGCAUGGAAGAUGGUGUGGGGAAGAUGUGGCUGUGAAAAUAUUCUCCUCCAGAGAUGAAAGAUCUUGGUUUCGCGAGGCAGAAAUUUAUCAGACGGUUAUGCUGAGACACGAAAACAUUCUUGGCUUCAUUGCUGCUGACAACAAAGAUAAUGGAACUUGGACUCAACUUUGGCUUGUCUUGGAAUAUCAUGAACAGGGCUCCUUAUAUGACUAUUUGAACAGGAACAUAGUGACAGUGGCUGGGAUGAUCAAACUGGCACUUUCAAUAGCUAGUGGUCUGGCCCACCUUCACAUGGAGAUUGUUGGUACGCAAGGUAAACCUGCCAUUGCUCAUCGAGAUAUAAAAUCAAAGAAUAUCUUAGUGAAAAAAUGUGAAACUUGUGCCAUAGCAGAUUUAGGAUUGGCUGUGAAGCACGAUUCAGUACUGAACACUAUUGAUAUACCUCAGAAUCCUAAAGUGGGAACCAAAAGGUAUAUGGCUCCUGAAAUGCUUGAUGAUACAAUGAAUGUGAAUAUCUUUGAGUCCUUCAAACGAGCUGACAUCUAUUCUGUUGGUCUAGUUUACUGGGAAAUAGCCCGAAGGUGCUCAGUUGGAGGAAUUGUUGAGGAGUACCAGUUGCCUUAUUAUGACAUGGUGCCUUCAGAUCCCUCAAUAGAGGAAAUGAGGAAGGUUGUUUGUGACCAGAAGUUUCGACCAAGUAUCCCAAACCAGUGGCAAAGCUGUGAAGCACUCCGAGUCAUGGGGAGAAUAAUGAGAGAGUGUUGGUAUGCCAAUGGGGCAGCCCGCCUAACAGCCCUUCGUAUAAAGAAGACUAUUUCUCAACUUUGUGUCAAAGAAGACUGCAAAGCCUAAUGAUGAUAACCAUGUUAAAAGAAAAUCUCUUACAGCUUUCUUUCUCAUUUUCCCUCUUUAUGUGAAUGUUUUUGCUCCUCUUUUGUUGUUGUUGUCUACCUCAAAGAUAAUGCAGUUCAGUAUUUAAGUGCUCAAAGGCAGCAUGAAAAAAUAACUCUAAGAUCAAUCAGGAGUUGGCUCUAGCCAAUUUUCAUGUUGUCUGUAAUAUAUUUUUUAAAAGCAACACAUCAAUUCAUCUAUUUAAUAAGAAAGCUAUUGUAAAGUGUAAAAUAAGCUAUAAAAUAAUAAAUGUCAUUUGGGCUUUAUUUUACUUGAAUCAAGAGCAUACGAAUGAAUGGAGAAAUGUGUUGAGAAAAGUGAGAUGAAAACAUGUUCAUUAAAGAUGUGAACUAGAGUAUUUUGUGUCUAACCAAAACUUUCCAUCAUACAAUCUAUGGUAUCUUCUAUUUUUUAAAAAUUAAGCAGGAUCUUUAAAAAAUUAAAUAUUGUCCUAUGUUUUAGUAUAUAAAACAUGGAAAAGUGGAGCUACUUAGUUGGAAGAUGGAAGUGAGGUCAGGGUGGCACUCCCUCAGGUCCCCCACCCCUACCUUCCCUUACUCUUUAUAAUCCAUCACACAGUAGCCCUGAAGCAAACAGUUUGAGAGCCACUAAAGUUGCUAUACCCUCUCAUUAAAUGAGAUACCUGACAUUCUGAGACCUGGAGUAAUGUGUCAAAGUCACAGUGCUAGUGGUAGAGCUGGCUGUAGGUCUAAAUCUUGUGACCGCCCACACUGUAGAGUUAGCUGGCUUCCACCUGUCCUUUUAAUUCCAACAGUACUUUUCUCUCUGUGCCAAAACAACAUUGUUCAUGAUGAUAUGUGUAGUUUAGUAAAACAGAAGACAAAUUAAGUUAUUUUUCAGAAUCAUAAAGGACCUGCAUAAAUUCUUAAGACAAUAUCCAUUGGUGUUUUCUUCAUAGAAAUUUCAUAGUCACCCUAUUUGUUAGAUAAGUAAUAAUGUUUUCUAAAAAAUUCCAGAAAUUAAUCAAGCUUAAAGAUACAUUACCAGAAGAUGUUUUUCAGAUGCCUAUUACUUUUGUAUAUACACACGCAGAAGGAAAAGAACAGAAAAGGAAGAGGGACCUAGGAGAUAUCUUGAGAAAAAAAUUUUAAAAAUCUUAUUUUUUUUAAAAUAUUUUAUUUAUUUAUUUUUUUAG